GCAUUGCAGGCCAUGAGUUUGACAGGAAAGCUGCGUGCGUGUUGACUGGAGUCCGUGGAGGGCCACGGCAGGAAAAAAAAGCUGAGUAUGUGGAGGAGAGCUGUACUACACAUGCGCGGCAGGACAGUUUCCAUAGCGCUGCUCCGACCUGCUGAGUUGAUUCUUGAACUUCUGACUCGCGUCCCUCGGUGACAGAAACCCAAGGACACUGAACCGAUUUCGUCCUUGUUUACAGGCUGCUCUUUUUCCUCUUUUAAAAAAUUGUUUCGCGUUGUCUUGCAGGUUUUUGUUUCCUCACUAUGUAAAUUUUUGACUUUUUAAAGGCACCUGUUUGGCUGACAAAGCAAUCAUGGGAUGUCAGGCGGUGGAAAUCUCCGUCUUUAUAUGAAUAGUAGCGUUUUUUUUUGUUUUUUGUUUUUUUUAAUUGUAUGGUCGCUCUCUUUCACCGGGAAUAAUGAACUGCUUCAGUCAAAGGCUGAGACGCACAUCUCCCAUGCGGGGCAGCAGCAGAAAUGAGCUGGUCCCCUCCAAACCUCCCAGGAUGAAUGGAUGGUCGUGGCCCCCGCAAGCCUUCCAAGUGGUCGGCUGGUUGGUGUACAGCUACCUCGCCAUAGUCAGCUUUGGCAUCUAUAUCCCUCUUCUGCCUCUGCCGUGGAACCAUGUGCUCUAUUCUCUGACCGGCGUAGCAUUUAUUGUACACUUUUUCACCCAUAUUGCUGCUGUUACUAUAGACCCAGCAGAUGCGAGUGUCAGGGCCAAACAGAGCUACUCCAGUCCAAUGCCACUUUUUGACAGGACAAAGCAGUCGCACGUCAUCCAGGACCUACACUGUUAUCUGUGUGACGUCAAGGUUGGCCCCAAAGUAAAACACUGUGGUGUUUGCAACAAAUGUGUGGAAGACUUUGAUCACCAUUGCAAAUGGCUGAACACCUGUGUGGGUGGCAGAAACUAUUGGUUCUUCUUUGUGGCACUAUCCUCCGCUACACUAGGUGUCUUCCUGCUUGUUGUUGUCAUCUUGUUCAUCUUUAUUCAGCAUUACCUGGACCCAAACAGUCUACGGACCGCUCCACAGUUUGAUAGUAUGCUGGGCAAUGGGACCUGGCUGGUGUUUUUACCAUUAGCACCCCUAAAGACUAGUUCAGCUGGUCUCCUUAUAUUAGCCUUUGUAACAGUCAUGCUGAGUAUCACCUGCCUGCUGCUGCUGUGUCAUCUGCUGGGUUUUCACUUUUACCUGUUUUAUAAAGGCAUAAGCACAUAUGAUUAUGUAAAGAUGCAGCGCCAAAAAGAAGCUAGAAACCGAGAUGUUGAAGCAGGAAAACCUAAUGAUGCAAAAACCCAUAACAAGGCCCCACAGAACCAAGAGAGCUCAAUUGACUGUGAGCCAGCGUUAUCACACAGUUCAAGUACCUGCAAAUCUGAUGAUAAAUCCCCACUCAGCAGCCGACUGUCAGAGUCCAUAUGCACAGAGUUGGAUAACUUCAAGAAAUCAACAGAAAAGGAGAACAGUCUUCAUUAUGGCACCGAAAAUCCCACAGAUAACAUAGCAAGGGAAAUGUCUAUGAGUGACAUCAAAAGCUGGAAACCUGAUGUUGAUGAAGAGGCUCAGAGCCCCAGUGUGAAGUCUGCUGACAGUGUUCCUGGGGUGCAGGACCCUCUGGGCAGCUCAGUCAUGACUCCAGAUGAUACCUAGCUCUAACUGGUGUCUGCAUGGUGGGGCAUCAGAGUGUGCUGCUUUCUGGAACUAUGUGUUAGGAAAUAAUAUUUCAUGAAACUGAGCCACGCGAUCAUGGACCCAUUGUUGACACGGACAGAGGAUGUCAUGGACUUCGCACAAUACUGUGAUACACAUUAUCAGAGAGAUUUCACGUAGUGGACAUUGUGGAUGCAGACUGAAUAACUGUGGACCAUUAUUGUGUUUUGUUCCGUUUUUAUCUACACUGUGUGGGGUUUUUUUUUUUUUUAUGACAGCUGAAUUAUUUAAAGCAUUGUUUUAUCACCCAGACUUGUGCUGAGAGCCAAAGUCCAACCCCACUUCCAGGUUAGAUAGCUUCUGUUCAGCUACCCUGAGUCACAUAGAUGCAGUGUAUGUAUUUUGGUAGCUUCCUAAAAAGCUGAAACACGAUACUGAAGUUUACUGUUCAUGUUCUAAGCCAGACAGGUAUCAAGUACUAGUCUUAUCAUUUUUCAUGAAAGCCAAGAGGGAAAAUACAUUGUCUGGCUGAAGGCAGAUGUUGAUAAUAGCUUGAAAGGGGGGCAGAGCUUCAGCUCUCUGUUGUUGUUUUAUUAACUGUUGAUUUCAUAGAUCCAGCAGUGUUUGGCACCUGUUUUUAGCAAAAUUUGAUAGUAAACAAUAUAAAUACACAAUCUUUGCUCCAU